UACCUAGCAACGAAGUUCGACAAGACGACGCCUUCUAGCCUUUCCAGCUUUUCGACGCCGCGGAGCUCCGGCGAGGAGCUCUCUUCUGUAGAAGAAACGGCCUGUGUGCUGCAGAAACGUCGGUGCUUAGGGCCGAGAGCUCCCAUGGGCUGUACGGUCAGCAAGUCGAGAGUCGUGGUGUCGUCGAUUCGAGAGCAACAACAGAGCAUGACGAGCAUAGCGCCUCCUGCCACCCAGUCUUCAGCCUCGAGUGUAGGCCUCCAGGACAGCCAGGAGGCCGAGCGAGUCUCGUCCUCCACGCCCAAAGGAGACGUGGCCGACUCUCUAACUAUCGUUCACUUCAACGACGUGUACGAAGUCCAAGAGCGAGAGAAAGAGCCUGUAGGUGGCGCUGCGCGCUUCAAAACGGCUGUAGACAACGUCGCAAGGAAGCAAAACCCGCUUGUCGUAUUCAGUGGGGACUGCCUAAACCCUUCCGCGUUGAGCGUGGCGACUGAAGGAAAACACAUGGUUCCAGUCCUCAACAGCCUGGGAGUCCACUUGGCCACCUACGGGAACCACGAAUUUGACUUUGGUGUGGAGCACCUGGUGGAGAUUGCCAACCAGACGGAGUUCCCGUGGCUCAUGGGCAACGUGAGAGACAGGCAGACUGGGAGACUACUGGCAGAGGGACAAGAGAGCCACGUACUUGACUGGGAUGGCAGAAAGAUUGGAUUCAUUGGGCUGGUGGAGAAAGAGUGGCUGGAGACUCUGGCUACUAUUGAACUGGAGGAACUGGAGUUCACUGACUAUGUGGAGUGCGCCCGACAACUUCUGCCCUCCCUCCAGGACCAGGGUUGUGAUCUAGUGGUGGCAGUGACUCACAUGAGGUGGCAUAACGACCGUCGUUUGGCCAGGGAGGUCCCCGAGAUAGACCUCAUUCUGGGAGGCCAUGAUCACGACUACCAGAGGGAAAUGGUCAACAAUACUCUAGUGAUAAAGAGUGGCUCAGAUUUCAGAGACUUUUCACAAAUCACAGUCAACUUCUCGAACUCCCGUCGACCAACGUUUGACGUAAUUAGGCACACAAUCACUAGGGGCAUCCCUCCCGAUCCUGGCAUGGCGGCAUUGGUGGCUAAUUACUGUGACAGCACGGAGGACAUAAUGAAGGAACCCAUUGGCAGUAUUGAGUGUGCUCUAGAGGGAAGGUUCAGUCGUAUCCGGACAGGGGAAACAAACCUGGGGAACUUGGUGACUGACAUCAUGAGGUCGUCCACUCGCUCUGAGAUUGCUCUCCUCAACUCGGGCACCUUCCGCUCCGACGCCCUGCACGAAGCUGGAGUAUUCAGGGUUAAAGUGAGCUCAAUAUGCAUAAUUAUGUCGUAGUAUGAUUCAAGGUGACAAUUUCGACGUGCAGCAAUAUUUAAUAUUCAGUAGUUUGUUAAUGAUGCAUAUUGAAAUUACAAAAAGUUGGUGUGCUCACAUACACAUGAUUUAUCUUUUCCUUGAUGUAAGGACCUAAUGACCAUUUUACCGUUGGUGGAUCCUUUGUGGAAGCUGGAGGUGAGCGGGGAGCAGCUGCUACUGGCCCUGGAGAAUGGAGUGUCGCAAUACCCCAGACUCGAGGGACGCUUCCCCCAGGUCUCCGGAGUAUCAUUCACCUUUGACCCCAGCCGGCCGAGCUUCAACCGGGUCUGCGAGAAGACUGUGUUGAUAAAUGAAGAACCUCUUGAGAGAGAAAGGACGUACACUCUUUGUACGAAGGAGUACAUAGCACGAGGCAAGGACGGUUACAGUGUUUUCAAGUCGGCCAAGAUUCUGAUGGACCACGAGGCUGGGAUCAUACUCAACUCUGAAGUGAGGAACUUUUUCCAGUCGUGUCGGCAGCUGAUACAGCAGAACCACCACCACCACCACUUUCUGCCUCGUGUCACCAGUCCUUUCAGGAUCAGCUCCAUUUCUUCAAGACCAAGAAUACACCCGCAAGUGGAGGGAAGAAUUACUCACACCAGCAGUGGAUGAACCCACCUCAUUCUCUCAGUCACCAUUAUCUUUUUUUUACAGCUAUAAUAUGCACCUCUCCAUCCCACCCACUUUCUCCACCAGUAACUCUGUGGUGUGUCAGUCUUUGUGAUGUCACUUAGUGUUUGAGUUAAAGUUAUUCAUAGUUCUCAGAAACCACAAGUGAA